AUGAGGAAUUUAAGGUCAGCCUCAUUCUCGAGUCAAUAUGGAGCAUCCCAACCACAGGCUCAAUUAUCCUCACUCUUAUCAUCAUCUGGUGCUGGAGCUAAUUAUCCACAACCUGAAUUGAGCGAUACGAUAUCUGUGGUUUCUUCACUUUUAACAGAUGAAUAUAAACCAUUUAAACCGACGAAUAAGGCUCCACUUAAUCAAUCUGUUGCAACAGCUAGUGCUGAUCAAAUUGAUAGUAGUUUCUCUGAGAAUGAUCGGAGGGAGAUGGAAAAUCUGAGAGCCAUCAUUAAGGAAUAUAAGGCAAAGAAACUAGUUUUAGACUAUGAAAUUGGUCAGAAGGAAAAUAAUAUAAAAACUUUAAAGGAAAAUAAUACUGAAUUAAAAUCGGAAGCUGAUGAAUCAUUCGCUGUGUGGAAUUUAACGAGACAAGAUACAUUGGAUUUUAUUAGUGAGGAUAUUACAGCUUCCUAUGAUUUUGGUGAUUUGUCUCUCUCUGAGGAAGACCGAGCUGCUGUUGUAAUCUUCUUAAUCCAAUCGAACAUUUGUUCUCUGUUUGAUGCUGAUAAAAACAAUGUUCUAUCGGCUGUCACAACCUUGAAAGUGUUAGGUUUAGAGCUUCCUUUUUCAGGGGCUUCACCAACCUGUGUAGAUUUGGUAAUUGGGAAGCUCUUGAUGGCUUUGGUUUGUUCCUCAUCCUUGUAG